AACAAGAUACUCUCAUGUCGGCCAUCAGUUUUCAUCAGAUUCUUCUAUCAGUUUACACAGGGUUCUUAAGGUUCAUAAGGUUCAAUACUUUCCAUUUCACUUGUUGCUAUUUUUAAUUGCAACUAAAAUUGAAGGCGAUCGAUUCCCAUGGCAAGUGAAAAGUGCUAUUUUGUCAACUUUGACCAUCAUAAUAGCAAAAGGUGGGAUGGCACUUAAACCUUUUCUCCUACAGCCACAAACCACCUUUGUCAAAUUCUUGCAGGACAACCCAAGUGUUCGUUCAAGUGCUGCUCUUGCACUUGGUAAGCUUAGUGUACUAAGCACAAGAGUUGAUCCCCUAGUUCGGGGUCUUCUAUCUAACCUACAUGCAUCAGAAGGUGGGGUCCGUGAGGCAAUAUUGGUCGCCCUAAAAGGUGUUAUCAAGCAUGCUGGAAAGAGUGUUAGUAGUCCCGUUAAGACACGUGUUUUUGAUCUCUCAAACGAGUUGAUCUACAACGAUGAUGAACAAAUACGAAGCUCUUCAGCAAGAAUUCUAGGCAUCAUAUCAGAGGUUCAGUUCAGUACAUUCACUUGCAUUUAUAGCAUUUGUUCCACCUCUGGGAUUUACCACCUAUGUAAUAUCACAACAGCACCUGUCAAAAUUUGGUUGUGAGUGCAGGUGAAAAAGAAAUGAGCUGGUCGGGAUGGAAAAAUAGAUGGGCUGGUCCCUCCCCAAAGUAACCACAUAUGGUAACUCAUGUCGUGUCACUGGACCAUCUGGUUGUGUAUAAAAGCUCAAUUGCACAGCCUCCUGCCACAAUAAUAAAAUAUAAUAAAAAGAUCUUAAGUUUUGUAUGAAGAAACAAUAGAAAUUAGUCAAAUUUAUUACUACCUUGUCCAAUUUUCUCUCAAUGAACAACAAUUGCAAACUGUAGUCACCCUUGGGCAGUUUUGCCGACUCCGGGUACACAUCACCCAUGGCGUACACACGCUGUAAUAAUAAAUAAAUUAAUAAUUAAAAAAUAUGACAUCUAUAGCAAGGAAAUGACUUGAUUAAAAAAUAAAAAUACCUUGUUAAAAAAUAAAGAUCCCCUUGUUCACAUCAGCUCCUUCUUCCAACUUGAACUUAUAAGUCAAAGUCAACCUAGUGGACUGUCUUAAUUUGAAACAAAAUUCGGUUGUUUAAUGGGCUAAAAUGUAUAAAACUUUAGUGAUAUUGUAUAUUGAAACUAAGGUAAGUCAUGUUUUGUUACUUGUACUCAUUUCCCUAUAAUCUUUGCCAUUAUAUAUUGAAAGCAUAUGACUUCUUUUGUUACUGUUAUCUAAACCUUGUACUUAUGAAAUAGUUUGUAGUUCAUUAUUGAAAUUCAUUAUUUACCAUUUUAUAAGGAUAACCUUUUCAGUGAAGUUAUGAUGUUUACAUUAACAUUCUUUAUUUCUAGUGUGUGGUCUGCUGCACUUGAAGCACUAAAUGCCUUUAUAAGAUUAUUUGUAUAUAAAGAUGCUGUGAACAAGGGGAUCUUGCUCCAACCAGUGCUAUUAUACCUUUCUCGGUACAACUGGAAUCUAAAAGUGUUGAUGAUUUUUCCUUUUAUUUUCAAAUCAUAAGUAUAUAUUUAUUUGCUGAUUUUUCAAACAUAAUGUAUCAUGAAAAACAGGGCAUUAAACUUUAUUUCCUCCUUAACAACCAAGUUGCCUGAUGUGAAAGCUUCUAUGGACAUAUUCAUCAGCAGAAUAUUGAUAGCUUAUCAGUCACUUUUCGAUCCAAAAUCAUAAAAGAAUAAUCACCCACAACUUAUUCAAAUAUGCACAAGUACCUUCAGGUAAGAAUAUUUAUGUGUGUUUGGCCUUAUAUGUUGGAUUUGGGGAACAGAGAGUGUUCCAAAUAUGAAGAAAGCUCCUACUUAAGGAUACUUUUGGACAACAGAGAUGCUUGGUUAGGUCCUUGGAUUCCUGGAAGGUAUACACUUGUUACAUAUCAACUUUAGGGGGCGUUUGGUUUGUAGGAUUUAUCAAGAAUUGGAAUUCAAUUCCGAAUAAUUUCUGUGUUUGGUUGUAUAUAAGUAAGGAUUUGAAUUCAAUUGUGAACUACAAUUUGAAGGUUGAGCUUUUAAAGGAAGAAACAUAGUUGGAUGAUUAUUUGUUAGUUUUAUAGGAAUGUAUAAUCCAUGUUAGCAAUGUACAUUAAAUUUUAUGCAAUGGAUUGUAUUUUUUGUA